AAUAUUUCAAACUGCUUGCUCAUCGUUGACUACCGCCUCUAUCGGAGCCACCCACCUUAUAAGUUGACUGAAUAAGUUAUUCUUCAGUCGUCCGCGGCCAUGUCAUCCCCGGCUGAGCCUCUCACCGAGUCUCAAAAAGAGCACUUCAGACAACAUGGUUGGCUUAAGCUGAGCAAUUGCUUUACCAAGGAACAGGCGGAUUGGGUCACCAAGGACGUCUGGACACGCCUGGGCAUGGAUCCCAACGACAAGUCGACCUGGAAGCCGCGAACGAACAUGCCUCACCACCGCGAAUUCGACGCUUCAGAGUUCGCCCCGAGGGCCUGGGCAGCCAUCUGCGAGGUGUGCGGCGGAGAGGACCGCAUUACGCCCGAAUCGAAGCAGUGGAAGGACUCGCUCAUCGUCAACCUCGGAAGCGAGGAGAACGAGGGUCGCGAGGUCGACCCCAAACAGUUGGACAUCUGGCACGUGGACGGCGAUUUCUUCGUCCAUUACCUCGACUCCCCGGAACAGGGGUUGCUGGUGAUUCCGCUGUUCACGGAUAUCGUCCCUGGCGGUGGCGCGACGUUCAUCUGCCCCGAGGCGAUACCCAAGAUCGCGAAGCACCUUCACGACCACCCAGACGGCGUCUCGGUGCGAAUGGCACCGAGAGGCGAUCCGGAAUUCGCAAAGCCGGCGAGCCUCGACUGGUAUAACUCGCUCGCCCGAAGCUGCGACGGGUUCGUCGAGGCCCACGGCAACGUGGGCGACGUCUAUCUGCUUCAUCCCCUCAUGUUGCACACCAUCUCGUGGAACCCUCUUAGGCGGCUGAGAAUUAUCACUAACCCUCCGGUCUCUCUUACCAAGCCCCACGACUUCAACAGGCCGGACGGCGCUUAUAGCCUUGUGGAGCAGACCACCUUGAGGGCCUUGGGCGUGGAGUCGCUGCCCGAAUGGAAGAUUACGGCUGCCCGGGAGAAGGUCGUCCCGGAGAGGAUCAAGGUGCAGGAGCGGAUGAAGCAGGAGGAAUUGAAGCGGCUUGCAGCUGUUGCCUCCUAGACGGAUAGAUAUGAGUACAACAUGGGUUCUCAGGAUCUGUAAACCAUUAGAAAACCGAACAAUAUCAACGCUCCAGGACCAGACCGUGCACAGAAUACACUCCAUCAACGGUUGUCCUGACACCAGUGCACAUUAUCAGAAGCAAUUUAUCACAAUACGCCGCGCAUUACUACCUCGCAUAAGCCCCCCGAGAAUAAU